GCUGCCGCCGCCGCUCAGCGCGAUGCCGCUGCAGCAGGGCUCGGCCCGGGCCCGGCAGCGCACCGUGCUCCUGGUGGGCAUCGCCGUGCUGCUGGCCGCCCUGGUCCUCGCCGUGGUGCUGGCCUCUCUGCUGACCCACGGCAGGCACGAGGUCAGUCCCCAAAUGCUGAAGUGGAAGGACAGGGGGACCACGAAGAACUUGCAAGAAGUUAUUGUGGGAAGAUGCUACAACUACAUCACGGCGCAGCACCCGGAGCUGGGAGAUAAGGAUUGUCUAAAAAUAUGGGAAUCAUUAAAAGAUGCCUUCAUUUACAAGAACCCCUGUAAUAUCACACCAGAAGAUUACCAGCCUUUGAUGGAGCUGGCAAGUCACCCUAUACCCUGCAACAAGUCACUGUUUUGGAGCAAGACAAAUGACCUCGUUCAUCGUUAUACAAAAUCCAAUCAGAAUUUCCUCACCUUGGAGGACACCUUGCUGGGUUAUAUGGCUGAUAGAGUUUCGUGGUGUGGAGACCCCUCUGCCCCAGGAAUCAACUAUGAAUCUUGUCCAAAACGAAAUGAAUGUGAGAGCAACCCUGGCUCCGUGUUCUGGAAAAUGGCCUCCAAGAUGUUUGCAGAAGCAGCUUGUGGUGUGGUUCAAGUGAUGCUCAAUGGAUCAGUGGAAGCUGGAGCUUUCAGGAGCAGCAGCAUCUUUGGAAGCAUUGAGAUCUUUAACCUGGAUCCAGAUAAAGUCACUGAAGUGCACAUUUGGCUCAUGCAGAACAUUGGUGGUCCUCAAAGUGAAUCCUGCUCAGGUCAGUCCAUUCAGAGGUUAAUAAACAUUCUAGAAGAACGAAACUUUAAGAUCAUCUGUGAAGACAAUUACAGGCCUGUUCAGCUCCUUCAGUGUGUGCACAACCCAGACCACACAGACUGCAGGCUUUGCACCAACAGCUCAGCAAUUCCCUGAAGCAGAGUUCUCUGUGCCACUGAAGAAUUCCCUGACUUGUGUGCAAAGCUGGAGAGGAUGUGGCUGCAUAGCUGAGAGUGAUAACAGUAGCAUGGUGUGUGCUGAGUGCAUAACCAGAAAUCCUUGCUGUGAUACUAACAGCCAGAUAGCAGGAGAUGGUACCUGAGCUGUGAUGCUGUACACACA